AUGGCUAGCUCGACCGCUGUUAUCAUCGCUCGAGACGGUUUACCAGCGGCGCAGGACAAGAGGACAGAACGUCAACGAUUUGAGGAGGUCUGGAAUGUUUUGAGAGAUGACGUACUUGCCGAUUUUCGAGGAAGAGGUAUGCCUCAGGAUGCGGUAGAGUGGUAUGCACGAAAUAUCGACCACAAUACCUCGGGAGGGAAACGUCUCCGAGGUCUCCUCGUGGUCGAGUCAGUUAAGAUCUUGAGAGAGCGGAUCCUCUCCGACAGCGAGUUCUUCCAAGCAGCAAUCUUAGGCUGGUGCGUGGAGUUGUUACAAGCCUGGCUGUUGGUCGCGGACGACGUGAUGGACCACUCCGCAACUAGACGAGGCAAGCCGUGCUGGUACAAAAUGCAAGGAGUCAACCUCAUCGCCAUUAACGACGCCUUCAUGCUUGAGUCGGCGAUAUACUUCUUGCUGAAGAAAUAUUUCCGUCAGGAGUCCUACUAUGUGGAUCUCCUCGAGCUGUUUCAGGAUAUCACGUAUGAGACCGAGAUGGGUCAACUUCUGGAUCUGCUUACAGCCACAGAAAACUCGGACAAGGUCGACCUGAGCAAAUUCUCGUUCGAAGGGUACCGACGCAUAGCGAUAUACAAAUCGGCCUUCUUCACAAUCCAUCUUCCAGUUGCACUCGCCAUGGCAAUGUGCAGGAUCUCAGUGACUGAUGAAUCCCUACAGAUCCUGCGAGACCUCUCAUGUGCUUUGGGAGAGUAUGGCCAAAUCCAAGACGAUUUCCUUGAUUAUGCUGGUGAUUCAGAGCACACAGGCAAGGUCGGGACGGAUAUUAUCAACAAUAAAUGCUCCUGGUGCAUUAUUACCGCACUUGCCCUUGCCACGCCGGAGCAGAGGUGGAUAUUAAAAGAGAACUAUGGCCGGAAGGACGAACAGAGAGAGAGAAGGGUGCGCGAGGUGUUUGAAGAGCUGCGACUCCGGGAGCGGUACGCGGCUUAUGAAGAUGAUGCUUAUGAGAGGAUUACGAGACUCAUUGAGGCCAUCCCAGAGGAAGCGGGAGGCGUACACAAACCUGGCUUGAAGCGCGACAUAUUUAAGGUACUUCUAGAGAAGAUGUACAGAAGGACGAAGUAG